AUGUCAAUCACGAUAAAUCCGGCUAGCACGAAGCCCCCUACGAGGGACAACGCCAAUCCUCCGGCGCAUCUUCCCGUUGCCAAAGAUGAGAAACAACAUCCGUCCAAGGCUGGUGGCGAGAAUGCUUCCGUCUAUUUUGUUGGGACUGCAACGACAAUCUUAGAAUGGGAGGGAACUCGAGUUUUGACCGAUCCGAACUUUCUUCAUGCCGGCGACCACGUCCAUCUCGGCCCAGGCGUCUCCAGUACUCGUCGAACUAACCCAUCCGUGGAUUUGCAUGAUCUCCCCCGGAUUGACCUCGUUCUUCUUUCGCAUUAUCACGCCGACCAUUUCGAUCAAGAGGUCGAAGCGAGUCUCCGUCGUGAUCUACCUAUCGUCAGUACCAGCCACGCUAAAAAGGCAUUGUCAUCCAAGGGCGACGAUCCAUUUACGAAUGUCCACGACCUGGAGCCAUUUCACCAACUGAUGGUCGAUGUCAACGAGGAUACGGUGCAAAAGCAGCCCCGAAUUCGAGUCACCGGUAUGCCUGGAAAACAUGUCGCUGGUCCAAUAGAGAAAUUAAAUGAAUAUGUUUCUGCUAUUCCUCCAACAAACGGCUGGAUGGUCGAACUGGGAUACGAAACGAACAACACAUUCAACACCGGCUACCGCAUCUACAUUUCCGGCGAUACAUUGAUGGUAAACGACCUCAAGGAAAUCCCUAAAUGCUAUCCCGACCACCCCAUCGAUUUGAUGCUCGUUCACCUCGGCGGGACGACAGUGCCAUCGCCAACGAUGUCCCCUCUGGCAGUGAUGGUGACGAUGGACGCCAAGCAGGGGGUUGAAUUGUUGCGGCUGAUAAAGCCGGACGUGACGAUUCCAAUUCAUUACGACGAUUAUGAGGUGUUCGCGAGUCCGCUGGAGGACUUCCAGAAGCUCGUUCAGCAGGAAGGGCUAGGUGGGGGUGUGGUGUAUUUGAAUCGAGGGGAGAAGUAUCAGUUCUGUGUUAGGUCGUAG